AUGUAUAUGUCUCUUGAAAACAAUUGGGCUUCAGUGGCAGACUGUAAAAUUUUUACUCUCACGGGCGCAGCUAGUUUCGUGACGGCACCACUCACCGUACCGUUACUUGACAGUAUACUGAUGUCAAAUGUAACAAGAACAAAGCGCAUGCCACACCCGACGGAAUUCUUUUUGGAUAUGGAAAAAUAUUAUUAUAUUCUUUUGGCAUUAACGAUUGUGGGAUACAGUGUAUGCUGUACGGUAAUAGUAGCAACCGACACCAUCUAUCUCGCCCUGCUGCAACAUACCUGUGUUGCUUUAUAUGCGUCAUGGCUAUUCUACUCAACGCCAUCUAUUGCCGUUAGCGGAAUCUAUACGAUUUUACCGACAAACAAAACGUACACUGCCAAGUUCCUAUAUCGCAUAGAACAUGUUCUUGAUAUAGACAAAUAUUUCGAACUGUUGAUGCUUCACGGGUUUAUUAGCGUAUUCUACAUAGUUUCUGUGGUGAUAGCUGUCGACACAACGUUUACACUUUACACGCAGCAUAUCUGCGCAUUGUUCGAAUGCUUACGUUAUAACAUAGAUCGCAUACGAGGCUCGGAUUUUGUAUUACUGGAACCAAAUAUUAAGGAUGAUGAAGCAUAUCGUAACAUAAUUGGCUGCAUUAAAUCGUAUCAACAUGCCUUAAAAUUUUCUGAUGUGCUUUCAUCUAACUAUGCAACAUCAUUUCUCUUUCUACUGGGCAAUGUAAUUAUAUCCUUGAGCUUCGGCGCGGCUGAGUUGCUAAUGGUAAACAAUCAACUGGAAGAAUUUGUCAAACUUCUCGCUGUUACUUUAGGGCAAUUAUUACACAUAUAUUUCCUAAGUUUGAUUUCUCAAAGAUUGAUCGAUCACAGCAGCGGACUUCAAAACGUAAUUUACAGCUGCGAUUGGUACAAGAUUUCGAGGAGAUCGAAACAGCUCUUGAGAUUUACUUUGCUGCGUACUACUAAGCCCUGCCAAAUAACAGUUGAUCUUAAAAGUAUCUUUAUCGUACUUCACGAUGCUUAUGUCACUACAAGUAUCGUAACUGAAGUUUUUGCAAGUACAGGCAUAGCCAGUUUUGUGACAACACCACUCACCAUACCGUUAGUUGAGAGAAUAUUAAUGUCAAAUGUAACAAGAUCAAAACGAAUGCCACAUCCGACGGAGUUCUUCUUGGAUAUGGAAAAGUAUUAUUACAUUCUUUUGGCAAUUACGUUCGUAGGAUACGCGGUAUGCGGUAUGAUAGUAAUCGCAACUGACACCAUCUAUUUCGCCCUGCUGCAACAUACCUGUGGUACAUUAGCUAUACUAAGUAUAUGA